ACAAACACUAAAGGCUUCCUGCGGCAGCGGAGAGACACAAUAACAAACGCCAUGGGAGAAAUGUCCGGCUUUGAGAACAGAUUUAACACUUAUUCCACCGCACAGCUGAACGAACUGCUGGAGGACGAUGACAAGCUCCGCGAAAUUGUCCGGGAAAUGGAUGAGAUGCAAGAAAUGCAACAGAAUAAAGAGUUGACGAUUGCCAGUAAUCGUAGUCUGGCGGAGCAGAACCUCGGCCUGCAUCCCGAACUUGACCAUCAGAAGAUUCAGCUGACCAAACGCUACAGCUGGUUACAAGAGCUACAUGAGUCCUAUCAGCUCCGCAAGUCUACGCUAGGAAGCAGUUCACUGGACACGUUGCUGGCUCUUUUGCAAACUGAGGGAGCCAAGAUUGAGGAAGAAACAGAGAACAUGGCUGAUUCGUUCUUGGGUGGAACUUUAUCUCUGGAUAGCUUUAUUGAUGACUACCAGAGCAAGAGAAAACUGGCCCACCUGAGGCGUGUGAAGAUUGAUAAGCUACAGGAGACAGUGUUAAAAGAUGUCCAGGUUCCUCAGGGAUCCUCUAAUGGUUCUUCACAACCUCCGGAAACUUCCAGCUCCUCCACACCCUUCCAAGGCCUUUCUAAUGGUUCUCCAGCCCAUGUUAAAGCUACACCAACAUCUCAGCCAUUGCCUUUGUCCUACCCCUUGCCAAACAUGGUACCUUCAUAUUCAUGUCCAUUCCCACCACUCCCUCAAGGACCUGGCACUGGUCUUCCCCCAAGGGCGGGUUUUAUAAUGCAAUGAUUUUCUGUUCCCUAAACCUUUCCAUUAGAAUGUGAAAUGUUUUUUGUUUUUUUCAUUAGAUGCACUUUGAUCUGAUACAGGUUUGGGUUCUUGACCUAUUUGCUGGCCCACACAGAAUAUGAGCUCGCAGUCUUCUGCAAAACGCCUGUCAUUCUCAAAGUUCACAACAUUGUCUACAACUUGUGAAUGCUUAUUUAAUAGUUUGGCCAAUUUGAUCUUGCCUUCAGCUAUCAAUAAGAGUAUUACUCUCUGCUCGAACACUUUUUGCCAUAAUUAAAGUUAAAUUGUGUAAUAUUUUUAGAUGAUAAAUAAUUUCUCCUAUCCUUGUUAAUAUGCAGCGACUAUAAGUAAGCCAUUUGUAGGUUGAUUUCCCUAAAAAGUGUAGACACUUUGGCUCUGUUUGUUUGAGCAUCUCUACCAACCUGAUGUAACAAUGUUGACUAAACCAGUGGUGUGAGAUAGUGGCGGGGUUAUCAGUUUGUCUAAACAAUAUCAGGUGGGAGAGGCAUCUGGAAACUUUUUAAAAAUAUAUAUUUUUGAAAUUCCAUUUGGUGACGCUUGUGUUGCGGAAAUUACUCGCUUCAUUUUAGUUCACCAAAAAUUAAACUUCUCUCAGCAUUUACUCAUCCUAUGCCAUCCCAGAUGUGUAUGACUGUCUUCUGCAGAACACAAACACUUUUCAGAUGUGAAAGUGAAACUAAAAAGGCACCGCAUGUGACUAUCUGAUGUGAAAGAGGAGAUGUAUAGCAAUAAAAUAUAUAUAUAAAAAAAAGAUUAUAAAAAAAUUAAAUCUUGAUCUGUUUCUAACCCACACCUUUCUCACAUGCUUUUGAAGAUAUAGAUUUAGCCACUUGAGUCUUAUAAGUUACUUUUAUGCUGCUUUAAUCUGCUUUUUGGACCUUCAGAUUUCUGGCCACCUUUCACUUGCAAUGUAUGGACCUACAGAGCUGAGAUCAUGGUUUGCAUUCAACAGAAAGAAGUCAUACACAUCUGGGAUGGCAUAUAGGUGUGUAAAUGUUUAGAGAGUAAAUUAUCCCUUAAAUUUUUGCAGAUUUUCCAUCAUAAUCAGAGCAGAAAACAUGGUAAAAGUGUGCAGGUUCCAUUAGGGCUUGCCAAUUUGUUAACAAUGUAAUAUUAAUGUCAGUGUUUGUUUGAAUAACAUAAAUAUGCAGUUUAACUUUAAUAUCCAUUUCAGAUUAUGAUGAUAACUUUAUAAUUUUACAAAUUUAAGACAUCAAAACCUUUCAUUUAAAAAUAGUAUUGUAAAUAACUUACAUUACAAAAUGGGGAAUAUUGCAUUUCUCUGUAAAAAUGCCUAUAUUUGAUCAAAACGUAUAGCAAAACAGAUGUUAAAGGAUGCAAAUAGUACAUAUGCACAUGCAAGACUGAGAACUUAUUGUGUACUUUUGUAUUUGUGUGGAAACCUCCUUUUGUCAUUGGAAUGAUAAGGCUAUAUUGAUAUUUUGGAUUUCUGGUUUAAAACUAACCAGCAACCAAAGAUGCACUCCAUCUUUUCCAUGAACACUCCGUAAAGGCUGUUUUGGGACUAAAACCUUAAAUUACUUAAAUAACAGUUUUUUAUUUUUCUUUAUGUAAACAUUCAAUGUUUAACUAUACCUGUGGCAUUAACAGACCAGCCUGACAAAUAGGUCAGCCUUUCUUAGUUAUAAUCAGACUAGUUAUCCAAUCCUUAAACCUUUUCACUGUUUUCUUGGAAAAACAACUACCACAUUAAAUAUUAUAAGAUAUUAAUAUUAAAAUAAUUUGGAUGCUCUUUUUACAACAUUUCCAACAUGUGAAGUCAACUAUUUUGGCAUUUCUUGUUGGAAUCUUGUCUUUGCAGAAAAGUGCAGGUACUUUGAUGUAAAACUGUUGUCAUGCUGGGCUGUGACAAUUCUUGAGCAUUUUUAUAAGAAGGAUGUUAUUAUGCAAGUUUGCAAAGUUAGGAAGUCAAUUACACUGCUGUAAGUAAGGGUAAAAAAAAAAAAAUCAAAUGUGCCUUGCAACGAAGAAAACAAGUGACAUUUAUUGAAGAAGAAAGCAUUUAAUCAUGCUUAACUUUGUUUGAAGCCAUCAACAUCUUUUUGUUACUGACGAAAAUUAUUUUGAACAACUGUUUAAUCUAUAGUGUAAUAUCCUGUAACACUCCUUAUGUAACGUAUAUUGUAAUUGUUUGAUUAGUGGUUAUUAGUGUGUAGAUUUUUUAAAUGCUGAUUAAUAAAU